AGUCUGCCAAAACCCUUUCGAGAAGCUAUCGAGGUCAUCCGUGAGUUGAAUAUUGAUGACAUUUGGAUUGACGCAUUAUGUGUCAUCCAGGACUCAGCGGGAGACUGGUCGCACGAAGCCUCUCAGAUGGGCGAAAUCUUUAUGAACACCUUCAUCACUAUUGGUGCCUCCGGAUCCCAAAACGGGCAUCAAGGGCUCUUC